AUGCCCGAAAACUCGAUAAGCUUGGAUUUGAAGAGUAGACAGGAAGAUGAAUUUAAUAGUAUAGCUUCAAUUUAUGGGGACAUUUUCAAGGAUAUUACAUCAAAGGAGUUGGUUUGGGGUCAAAAGGCAAAUCCACAUUUCCAGAUUGAAUUAUCGUCUGAGGCCCAAGAAGGGCAUCCAAGGGUGUCGUUUGUUUUGGAUAUAGAGUUUACGCCGACUUAUCCAUUGUCUGCGCCAAAGGUCAAGGUUUUAGAGCCUCGUAACCUAUUGAAAGGCAAUAUAACUCAAUUGAGGGUGAAAAUAGACGAGUUGAUAAAAGAGUAUGCAAAGGAGGAAGUCUGCUUUACAAUUAUAUCUGAACUCAAGUAUUUGCUCGAUGAAAUUCAAUCAAAAACAAACAAGGUGCUAUCGUUGGAAGAAGAGAGGGAAGAGCGUUUGAAGUUGGAAAGAGAGGCAUUGCAGAAACAAGAAGAAGAGUUUAUGAAAGAAGAGGAAAAAGCCGCACUCGAGCGUAAUAAAGAGCUCAAUGAGCAGAUCCAAAAAUUUAAAAGUGAAUUUGUUGAGGAUGAUGGUGAGCUUGAGGAUGAAGGACGGUUAUCUGUGGCUCCAUUACCUCCUCCACCAGUAAGGGAGACAAAAAACUUUUUCUUAUUUGAAAAGGACUUGGAAGACAGAUUGCUACAGAAUGGACCACAUUUCAAGUUUAGAGCGGUUCUGGGGUUCAUUAAGUAUAAUAAACAAGGGUUGCUAAGCUCGCUAGGUGACCAGUUUAUAGUAAAACCUUUUGUGCAUGCAGAGAUUCUGCAAAAAUCCGAUCAAUUGGGAAUAGAAUUGUCUUAUCUUUUGACAGAAAUAAGUUUGACACAUAACUACUGGCAAACGGAGAAGGGAAAGCGAGAAAUACAAGAAUUGGAGAAGGAUCUACAAAGCUGUAUAGCGAUUGUAGAUCCGCGCAUUUUGAAAUUGGUUGGUUUCCAAAUUGAUAAAAAGGAGAAUGGGUGGAAGGUUCGGCUAUUGAAUGAAUACUCAUUUGUAGCGAGAACUUUACUGGAAACCCUCCCAUCAAAAGGUCACGUAGACUGGGCUCUUGCACGAAACUGGUUGAUACAAAUUUUACCUGUAUUGGAACACUUACACAGCUUGGGAUUCAUUCAUAAACUGAUUGGACCGGAAACUGUAUGCAUAUUUGAAGAAAAUUGUUUAGAUGAUGAGAUAACCAAUGAAGGGGUAUCUAAAGAAAACUACGGAGGAGUGGUAAAGUUAGCUCAUCCUUCUUACGGGCAUAGAUUACAUCGGAUGCGACAAAUGCACCCGAAUCAUGUAAGCAAUUGUGUGACCCAUAAAAUUUGGUUAGCCCCGGAAGUAGAAACACUCGCUGGUGUUUACAGUAAUAACAAAUCUGAUAUAUGGGACCUAGGAAUUUUGUUUUCAAAAGUUAUGCUUGGUUGUGAUAUAUUUGAAGAAUUGGAAUGUACUCCACAAGAAUUUGCACGGAAAAUUAAUGACAAAGAGCUCUUGGCAAAUUACAAAAGCCAGUAUUCGGAAUUGGUUGGGGAUUUAUUGUCCAAGAUGUUACAGCCUAAACCCUCAAAACGACCGACGCCAAUUGAGUUGAAUGCACUUAGAUUUUUACGUGAUGGACCUGCAUUAACUAGAUAUCAAAUUGAAAUGAGAAGCAGUGUGGGUAUUUUGAGUGAAAGAAAUAUGUCCACUACUAACUCAGAACGGCAACAUUUAAAAGAGAAUAGCUCAUUUUUCCCAACACCCCUUGAAUCAAAACAACAGCUGCAGCAACAGCAACAGCAACAGCAGCAACAACAACUACAACACACAAAUAGUAGAUAUGAAAGAGAUUUUGAGGAAGUUGGCAGAUUGGGUAAAGGAGGUUUUGGCGAAGUGGUGAAAGCUCGGAAUAAAAUGGAAGGUACUUAUUAUGCGAUAAAAAAAAUCAAACACCGGGCCAACAAGUUAGAUUCAAUUUUAAAUGAAGUAUUAUCUUUAGCCCGAUUAAAUCAUCAAUAUAUUGUCCGCUACUAUGGAACUUGGGUAGAAGAGAUAGAAGAAGAUUUUUCAACCUUCAACGAGUCUGAGUCGUCAUCGUCGUUAGUGACCGUCAUGAACAAAAAAAGGAACUAUGUCGAACCGCUGGAUUAUUUGGGUAAAGACCAUAGCACCCAGCCAUCGUUUUCUAAUGCAACACGGAAUAGCUCAUUUCAAAUUGAUUUUAUGUCUCGUUCGUUCGACCCCGGAAUUGAAUUUUCAGAUAACUCUUUUAGGCAUGGAGAUUUAUCAGAUGAAGAAGAAGAUGCAUUUGAAUUUGCGCACUCAACACAAGAUGAAGCAAGUCAAAAUCAGGAUUUUGAAGAGUGGAGUUCAGAUGGGAAGGAGAAGAAGCGCGACCUUCUGAAAAGGAAUUACCCUCUGCAGAGUGAAGUAAACAAUAGGAUGUCAAUAUUGUACAUACAAAUGGAGUUUUGUGAAAACAACACAUUACUUGAUUUAAUUGGACAAGGUUUGCCAGGGCAUGUGACUGAAUACUGGAGACUAUUCCGUCAAUUGUUGGAAGCGGUAUCUUAUAUCCACAAAGAGGGCUUUAUACAUCGAGAUUUGAAGCCAAUGAACAUUUUUAUUGAUAGGUCAAAUAACAUCAAAGUUGGUGACUUUGGCUUGGCAAGGAAGUCACAGUUGUUGCUAGCACCAGAAACACGAAACCAGCAACAACAACAACAACAACAACAACAACAACAACAGCAGCAGCAGCAGCAGCAGCAGCAGCAGCAACAGCAACAGCAACUCGCCCGUGUCGACAAGGAGGGUCAAAAUGGAAUGAAAGGCGGAGACUUGUCCACCAUUGUAGGGACAGUAUUAUACACUGCUCCCGAGGUGGCUUCUGGAAACUACGACGAAAAGGUUGAUAUGUUUUCUUUGGGAGUCAUUUUUUUUGAAAUGUGCUAUCCCUUAGCUACUAGUAUGGAGAGAGUCACGACUUUGAACAAAAUAAGAAACCAAGUGUUUCCCCAGAAUUGGAAGAGCUCCCUUGAAAAGAAAAUUGUGCAGCAGUUGUUAAGUAUAGAUCCGAAAUCUCGGCCCAGUGCAUCAGAACUAUUACAAAGUGGCUGGUUGCCUGUAGAAUACCAGGACCAAGUGACACAAGAAGCGCUCAAAUCAUUAGUAGAUCCAGCGUCACCCUGGCAACAACAAGUGCGUGAGACGCUCUUUAAACAACCCUACGUGUAUGCCAAAGACAUGUUGUAUGACAAUGAUGGAGUAAGCGCAACAACACAAUCGUCAAAUGACUAUUUACUCUUCAGCAAGCUUCUAGAAGAAUUGGUGACUAUUUUUCAUCGACAUGGAGCAGUUGAGAAUUUGAACAUUAAUGUGGUACUACCGAAAAGUCCAUAUCAGCUAAACGAUCAGGUAUACGAGGUACUAGAUAAAAGCGGAUCAGUUGUUACUUUGCCUUAUGACCUAACGAUUCCUGUUGCCAGGUUUAUCAGUAAAAAUGAUGUGCAUGCUUCGAAAUUCUACCGCCAUGAAUUUGUUUACAGAUCAAAUCAACGAGGCGUUGGAGUGCCAGAAAAAUAUAGCGCCAUGAAUUUCAACAUUGCGACGGAAACUCGUGAAGAUGUUAUUGUGAAAGACGCUGAAUGCCUCAAAGUUGUUGACGAAAUUUUGGGUUUCAUUUCGUAUGUUCCUACAAAAAAGAUAAUUUUAAUCAAUCACUAUGAUAUUCUAGAUGCAGUUAUUUCAUUUGCAUUUGAGAAUGUAAAAAUUGAUGAGAAAAUCAUUGUAUCAGUUUUGGGAACAUUGUCGCAGUUGGAAGUUGAUAUGAAUAGCACAGAAGUGAAAAGAACCCUUCGGGAACAGUUGAAUAUCCCCCACACUGUUGUAGAAGACCUUCUUGAAAAUUUCAACUUUACCUGUUCAAUCCACGAAGCGCGGCAUAAGUUGCAGAAAUUAAUGAUAGAUUCUCCACAUUUGAUUAAGGCUGAAAGAGCUUUUGCGUACUUGACAAAGGUUAUGGGGAUACUAAAGCAGUUUGAGUUUGUUUCAGAUGUUGUGUUUAAUCCCUUGAGCAAUUACGACAAUCAGUACUACUGUCAUAGUAUUAUGUUUCAAGGCAUGUUCAAAGCUGAAGAAUCUAAGCGAUUGAACAGGAUAAUAACUGGCGGACGGUUUGACUCCUUGAUAAAUUCCUUUUCAGAUAUUAACUCAAUGAUAAAGUCUUCGAAACCACUGAGCUUUAAUAAACCACCAUCACACUGUGUUGGAUUUACAUUAACCACAACCUUUCUUUUCAAAUGGAUGAAGACCAUAGUUUCACGCAAGAAUUUCAAGCGUAGCGCUGGUAGCUUUGGGAGUCGCUGUGAUGUAAUUGUGGGUUCUACAGAUCCAGAGGUUUUGAAUAAAUGUGGUUUUGAAUUGCUUGGAAAGCUUUGGUCCAAAAAUAUUAGUGCGGAUAUUUGCACUAAAGCCAAGCCACAGGAUGAGCUUAUUCAAGAAGCCAUUGACGCUGGAUCAAAGUGGCUUCUUUUGAUGAAGCAGUCUGGACAGGCAUACAAGCGAUCAAAAAAGGCAUCGAGCUACAAACCAUUGAGAAUCAGAAACGUUAUAUCUGGUAAAGAAACAAGUUGGGACACAUAUGAUGAAGUAUUGAAAAGUCUUUCUGACGAAAUGAAUGAAAAAAAGAACACAAGCGAGGACGAAUUGCCAGCCCACUCACAAACGAAAAUAGAUGAUGCCCAUGAUUUUGAGGAAGAAAUGGGAUCGAUAGACUUGAAUCAAAAAGUUAUUGUUGUUAAUAAUGAAGCACCCAGGGGUCGAAAGAACAAGCGUGAGAAAUGGGAAACUGAAAGUCAUGGUCGCGUUGUGGGAUCGAAAGCGGUAAAAAGUUUAGCGAAUGGCCCAGUUUUGAUUUUUGAUCUUCGUGAUGAAGUUUUGGACAUGAUCAGCAUUACGUCAAUCCACCAACAAGAUGAAUGGAUCAGAAAAGUGGUGUUUAGUUCCAAUAAUUUACCUAAAAGCUUUGCUUUGAACAUCUACAAUAAUUUGGUGAAAGAAGCAGCAAAAGGUCACAAAUGGUGUAUAUUGGUUGCAGCAAAAACACACCAUACAGCAAUAGUAGACUUACAGAGAUAA